UUAAACUCUGGAAUCAUGAGUAAAGUGCAAGGUGGGAUGAAAUGCGCGAAAUAUCUCCUUUUCGUUUUCAACUUCAUAUUAUGGCUGUGUGGCUCAUUUGUGUUGGCAGUGGGAUUAUGGCUGAGGUUUGACCCAGAGACAGUCCAGCUCCUGACUGGAGAGGAAGCCCCUGGGACCUUCUUCAUAGCCGUGUACAUACUGAUUGGUGCAGGUGGGGGAAUGAUACUGGUGGGAUUCUUUGGUUGCUGUGGAGCUGUGAAGGAGUCACAGUGUCUCCUUGUGUCGUUCUUUGCCUGCCUUCUUGUAAUCUUUGGUGCAGAGGUUGCUGCAGGUGUGUUUGGAUUCAUGAGCAAAGAUAAGAUCAUUGAAGAUAUUCAAAAGUUCUACAGUGAAUCUAUUUCAGAAGGUUCUGAAAAUUCCAACCGGACGGCAAUAGCAGAAACUUACCACACUGUUCUGAAUUGCUGUGGGGACUCAGUGACUAACCCGUCUAUGUGUCUUCCUGGUGAUGAAGACCUAAAGAACUGUCUGAAUGCAAUAAUGGACUUUUUCAAUGAAAAGCUUUACAUUAUCGGAUAUGUGGGGAUUGGUGUUGCAGGAGUAAUGGUCAUUGGUAUGAUCUUCAGUAUGGUCCUCUGCUGUGCAAUUCAGAACAACAGGGAGGUGAUCUAAAAAAAACAGUAGCUCCGGCCUUACCCCUCCUACCCUGCAGGCUUAAUACCGACUCACCAGCUCUUCAUCAUCACAAUGCCGGAACAAGGAGGGUACAUCACAUCUGGGAUGGAGGACAGGGGAGCUUUUUUUAACACAAACAUUCAAAUCCAGGGGUCAAUUUAGUGGUGCGGGUGUGAUAUCACACACUCAAAUGUUGACCGGGAUUUCCCCGUCCCCUGGACAGAGGCAGUUAGACCAGGCCCCCUCGCUCUCCUUUGGCAUCUCUGUGACCUGAAUAACUGGCCUCUUCCUGCACUCCUCUCCAAGCACAACGUGGCUCAGCAUUUGGCACUACUCUGAGACAUUCCCCAUUUUUCGCAUCCUCUAACACUGCUAGCGUUCCAUGUUCAUGUAACGCCUUCCUCUUUGACGCAGGAAUGUGAUGGCUGAGGAGCAUUGCUGUAUACAAACUGUUUUUAACGUUAUUUAUUCAAUGUCUUGUAACCUCAGUUUAAGGGUUAAUUUUGUGUACAGAGCUACUGUAGUCGUACGUUGUCUGCUUGUAAAGUUGUAUUUAGGUCAGUAAUCUUAACUUCAGUCAUUGAGUUUUACAUAACUGUUUUUGGGACUUGCACCUACUCUAUGCAUCAUACAUUUCAUUACUCACUAAAUGUCUCAAAUGUGUAUCUUUGUAUAGACAAGCCCAAGCAACCUAUUCCUACCACAGCUGCAUAUUUAACUUUAACAAACCGUAUGUAGUUUUCCUUUGCUUGGCCCGUCAGAAUAGUGUUGCUCUGCUACAAGCAUACCCUGCACUUUUGUUGGAAAAGAGCUGAUUUCAACUUGACCAACAAACAUUAAUUUGUCAUUAAUAUUCUGUGUCAGGAGGCAGCUACAUUUUAUGAAGCACCGUACUGUCAUUAUUUUAAUGUCCAACCUCCUGAAGUCUGGAUGUUCAAGCCUUUUUGCAUUGUCCUGUGUGAGGUCUCAGAGAAAAAGUGUGAACUGUUCCAGUGAGUUAGUGUAUAUUUUGAAUGAAUUCUAUCUAGUGGGUGUUAAUAUUGUUUGCACACAGUUGGCCAACACUGUUGUAGAUCCAGGUUAUGUAUGCUUAUAAUGUCAAACAAAAAAGAAGACAUUGAAUGCUUUUAUUUUAUCAGCAUGUCCAUUUGGUAAAAUGAGUUCUGUUUCUAUCCUAUUUAAAUGUUUAUGGAUCUCCCGUGAGAAAGCUAAAAGAAAUUAAACUAUUUAACCUA